AUGAAUAUUUAUAAGAAUGAUAUGACUGGUCAUAAUUUAACAUUAUUACAUAAUAUCGAGCAUGACUCGAUUAAUGAUUACAAUGAAAGUUUAAGUUCAUUAAUAUUUUUUACAAUUGUUUAUAUACUUGUACUUAUAUCUGGUCUUAUUGGCAAUUUUAUUGUUCUUUUUGUUAUAUUUAAAAAUAAUGAUUUAAAACAUUUUACAAAUUAUUUUUUUGCUAAUUUAAGUGCAGCUGAUGUAUUUGUACUUUUAUUUUGUAUUCCAACUGCUAUACAUGAUAUAUGGGCAAAAGAUCAAUGGCAUAUGGGUAAAUUUUUUUGUUUAAGUAAUCAAUAUAUUGAAAGUUGUGCAACAAGUAUUUCAUCAUUGAGUAUAAUGGCAAUUAGUUUAGAACGUUUUAUUGCAAUAUGUGAACCAUUUAAGGUUCAUGAUAUAUUUAAUGAAACAUUAACAUUAACUACUAUAUUUUUAAUAUGGGCAAUUGCUCUUAUUCUUUCACUUCCAUUUUUAAUUUUUGCUGAAUAUGAUCCAUUAUUUAAUCCAACAGAUUCAUUAAAUAAUACAUCAAAUUUGAUAACUAUAUGUCAUUUAGAUGCUAAUUCAAGUUUAGCACGUGCUUGUAUAACAUGGUUUAUUGUUAUACUUAUUUUUAUACCAUUUUUUGUUUUAAUAUAUAUCUAUACACGUAUUAUAUUAGAAUUAGCACGUCAUCGUGUUGUUCGAUUAAUGACAAUUACAAAAAAUCAACAACAACAAUAUGAUGAUGAAACAAAUAGUUCUAAUGGUGGUUUAGUUAUAAGUAGUGAACAUCAACAAUCUCAUUCAUUUCUUGCUUAUAAACGUUUUGAACAAAAACGUCUUAAUACAGUUAUUAUUUGUAUUGUAACUGUUGCAUUUUUUGCAUGUCAAUUUCCAGUACGUAUUAUACAAUUAAUUGAUAUGUAUUUACGUGUACGAAAUGAAGCAACAAUGCCACAUUUAGUAUGGAUAUGGUUAUGGAAAUUAUCAAAAUUACUUUUUUUUCUUAAUUUUACAGCAAAUCCGAUUAUAUAUAAUAUUUUAUCAACAAAAUUUCGUCGUUCAUGUCGACGAUUACUUCAAAUUCAUCGUUCAUCAAGUUUUGGAAUAAAUUCAUCACGUAAAACAAGUGUAACAUCUUAUCUUUAUUCAAGUAUAUAUAAAAAUCGUCGUCAAUUAAGUAAUUCACUUAAUAAUCAUCAUCAAAAAUUUAGUACAAUACGUACAAGUAUUGAUAGUGAUAAUCGAGAUCUAGUUACUGUUGGUAAUAAUGAAGAAAUUUUUAUUCCAACAUUUCAAGUAUUAAAUGAAGAAGAAAAUGAAAAUAUUGUUCUAUAA